AUGACGGCCGUGUUACCGCCGGGCAAUGACGGAGUCGUAUACCUCAAGAAGGAACUGAAAGAGGUCAUCACCAAGUUAGCCCAAGAAUCACGUAAAAUAGGACGCGCACCCGCAGAGAGCGACCAAGCAAGACAGCUGUUGCCCCGGUUAGACGACCUCCUGACAUUGCUGGAGAACAGUGAAGUCAAUGAGCGGACCCGUCAGGACAGCAAGAUUAAUGAGGGCCUCAAGCUCAUCUACGUUGAGGGCAACAACUUUCACUUCCACAACAAGCAUGUGGAGCGCGCUCGAGCUCUGUCCGAGCGGUGGAUGUCUGUAGCUCCGGUGCGGCAACCAGCAGCGCAGACUGCGGGUGUGAAGCGGGAGCCCUCUAGCGUCGAUGAAGAGAUCCAGUCCACCAAGUCACCUAAACGCAGCAACACAGCGACAGCCUCUGCCUCUCGAAGGGCCGACAGCGGCAUUGACCAAGCAAUGGCAAGCGUAAAGCGUCCUCCGUUUGACAACCUGAUAUGGGGUCGACAUGGCAUUCUGCAUGGCCUAGCCCUCAAGAGAAGUGACGAGAGAAAAGUCCUGAUCAUAAAUCCGGAAUAUGCUGAUCAACAACGACCUGCCAAAGUCUUCGGCCACAACGACAUUACUGUGAGACGAUGGUUCCCCAAACAGCUCUGCGCCGUAUUCCAUGGUGCCCACGGCCAACACCAGGCCGGAAUCCACGGUGACCCCAAUAAGGGAGCAUAUUUGGUCGUCGUCUCAGGUCAAUACGACGACCUUGACCAGGACAGAGGCGAUGUCCUCUUCUAUUCUGGCUCCGGCAGCCACGCAAACACGAACCCGCGGCAAACGCCGACUCCCACAAACGGCACAAAAGCACUCCACGCAUCCCUCGCGUCCGAGCAGCCCGUACGUGUACUACGCUCACACAGUGGCCAAAGCCGUUAUGCUCCUAGCAAAAGUCUACGAUAUGAUGGCCUGUAUCGUGUCACGGCUGUUCGGAACCCCACGAAUAUACACGGUGGACUUUAUGAGCAGUUCAAGUUGGAGAGGAUAAGUCAGGAAGAGGACGAUCUGCAGAUCCCACUUGAGCGCUGCAAGGCUCGUCCGAAUGGCCAAGACUUGAGCGACUAUGACAGGAUCGAGUAUGGGUAUCGUUCGAGGCAGCAAUAUCCGUAG